UUCUGCACUUUCGCACGUUGGCAAAAUUGCCCUGCCAGCAUCGCCACCGGAAUUUUGUUAUAUUUACAUUUACAUCACUCGUCCAAUAUGUCUCGCAAUAAAUCUAACAAGGAUUUGGACUCUUUGAAGAAAGAAGAUGUCGUCCAAGCAGUUGUCGUUGCUGACAAUUUCAGUGAUGCCUUUGUUCCUUUGACAAAUGAAACUCCAUCGUGUUUGCUGCCUUUAGUGAACACUUGUUUACUCGAUCACACUCUGGAAUGGCUUUCGAAUUCUGGAGUUCAGGAAGCUUUCUUGUUUUGUAGUAGACAUGUUGAGAAAGUCAAAGAACAUAUCAGGAAAUCAAAAUGGGGUGAUAGCACCAGCCCAUUGUUAUUGAACACGAUUGUUUCUGAAACAUGCCUAACUCUGGGAGAUGCUAUGAGAGAUUUAGAUGCUAAAGGCCUUAUAAGGGGAGAUUUUAUACUAGUGAUGGGCGAUACUGUUGCCAAUGUCAACUUGUUACCUAUUUUGGAAAAGCACAGAAAACUGCAAAAGGUUGAUAAAGGGCUAGCAAUGACUGUUGUUUACAAAUAUGCUGGUCCAUCCCACGUUGGCCGAGCUCCUCAAGAUGAUGUACUUGUGGCUGUCGACAAAAAGACCAGCAAAAUAUUAUUUCAUCAAAAACGCAUUGCAUCAAAUGACAAUAAGAAGGUGCACAUACCUAUGGAAGUCAUUUUAGAUCGCCCCUCAAUUGACAUCUAUAAUGAUGUAAUAGAUACUCAUGUUUCAAUUUGCUCUGUAUCAGUGUUGCCAUUAUUUAGUGACAAUUUUGAUUUCCAAACUCGUGAAGAUUUUAUCAAAGGUCUUUUGAUGAAUGAAGAAAUUCUUGCAAGUUCACUUGCUGCUUAUUGUCUUAGUGACAGAGAAUAUGCUGCAUCUGUCAAUAGCUGGCACAUGUACAAAAAUGUCACGCAAAAUAUGAUCCAUCGGUGGACUUUUCCACUUGUGCCAGACAUGUUCACUAAUGAGAAGGAAAUAUAUCAGUACCUUAGAGGAAAUGUCUACAAGCAACAUCCUGUUACUCUUGCAAGUGUUGAAUGUUUUCUGUAUAUCAGGAGCAGUAUUAUUGAGGAUGAUACUGUUAUUGGUGGUGGUUCAGAAGUUGGAGAAAGUUCUACUAUUCGAAGAUCUGUUGUCGGUCGCAAUUGUCACAUUGGGAAUGGUGUGAAAAUUGAAGAUUCCUAUGUUUGGGAUGGCUGUAUUAUCAAGGAUAAUUGCACUAUUCAAAGGUCUGUCGUAGGCAGCAACUGUGUUGUGGGUGAGGGCUCUGUUUUAUCUCAAGGUUGUAUAUUGGGUCAAGGAGUACAGUGCCCUCCUGGUUAUACGGGCAACACCCGGCUUCAAUCAUGUCAAGGUGAUGAUGAUGAUUUGGAUAUGGUUGGGGAUGCUGCGUAUAUUGUGAAGUUGGACAAUGAUGAUUCAGACUCAGAGGAUGAUGAAAACCAGCAAAUCUGGAGUGAUUUGUAUUGUAGCAACCAGAUUGAAGAAGUUGAUGGUGAUAGCGAUGAGUCAUCAGAAAUGAGUGAUGAAAGUGAUCGGUCUAUAUCACCAGUGCUUGAUGACACAAAGUUAUUCUACAAUGAGGUGGUGGACUCCUUGAAACGUGGUUAUGAAGAUAAACUUCACUGUGAUAACCUGAUUUUGGAAAUCAAUUCCUCUCGUUAUGCAUACAAUGUUAGUAUGCGAGAAGUGAAUUUACUUGUAGUGAAGGCAAUAUUGAACUUGCCUAAAUUGGAAUCUGGUUCAUAUUUACCACAAUUGUGGCCACUUCAGACUUACUUCAUGCCCAUUUAUAAAAAUUACAUUAGAAACCCAACUGCACAAAUUGAUUGUUUACAAGCAUUGCAGGAGCUUGCGAUGGCGGAACAAGAACUUUUAACUGCUGUCCCAAAAUUACUCAGUGUUUUGUAUAAUCAAGAUAUCUUGAAUGAAGAAGUUAUAUUAAAAUGGCAUUCUGAAUUAGAAGGAGACUCUGAAGCCGAAGACCUUUACAAAGUGGCUGGUCCAUUUAUUAAAUGGUUAGAAGAGGCUGAAGUAGAGUCCGAAGAUGAGUCUGACUAAUUUGUACAGUGUGAUAAGUGUGUCAUUGUUGGUAAGCCACUUGAGUCUUUGUGAUUAUGACAACUAUGUUUUGUCAUUAAUAAAAAGGCAAGAGGAAACAACACAA